GAAAAAAAUACUCACAAAAACCAAGACGGCCCUCGAUCAUCUGUUGUCCAACUCCACCACUCAGGGCAGGCCAACACAACUUGCCCAUCGUUUUGAUUUUCAAUAUGGAAGCUAACUAAUAGUAACGUUUUUUGUUUCUUUGCGUGGGUUUUGAUUUCAGAUUGCGUUUCUUUAAUUUUGCGCGAACCUAUAAAUUGUGCCCAGUAGUUGGAACAUCCGUCUGAGCUUGAAGGAGAGGAAAAGAAAACGUGCAGAUGGGUGACGUGGCCAAAGAUCUAGCUUCCGGUACAGUUGGCGGUGCAGCACAGCUGAUAUGCGGGCACCCUUUUGACACCAUCAAAGUCAAACUCCAGAGUCAACCCGCCCCUCUUCCCGGGCAGCUGCCCAAAUAUGCAGGAGCCAUUGAUGCCGUGAAGCAGACAAUAGCAGCCGAAGGCCCCAGAGGUCUGUAUAAGGGAAUGGGGGCCCCACUUGCCACAGUGGCAGCCUUUAAUGCUGUUCUCUUCACAGUCCGUGGCCAGAUGGAGGCUCUGCUGAGGUCCGAGCCAGGUGUCACCCUUACAGUGGGCCAGCAAGUCGUGUGUGGGGCCGGGGCUGGUGUUGCUGUCUCCUUUCUCGCUUGCCCGACUGAACUCAUCAAGUGCAGGUUGCAAGCCCAAAGCGCACUAGCGACUUCGGGCCCAGCCACAGUCACCAUAAAAUAUGGCGGGCCCAUGGAUGUGGCUCGGCAUGUCCUCCAAUCCGAAGGUGGGUCGAGGGGCCUCUUCAAGGGCAUGGUCCCCACGCUGGCCCGCGAAGUCCCUGGAAAUGCUGUCUUGUUUGGGACAUAUGAGGCUUUGAAGCAGUACCUUGCUGGGGGCCCAAACACUUCGGGCCUGGGCCAGGGUUCGUUGAUUUUGGCGGGAGGCCUGGCAGGAGCAGCUUUCUGGGCCGCUGUAUACCCAACUGAUGUUGUUAAGAGUGUGUUACAGGUGGACGACUAUAAGAACCCGAAGUUUUCUGGGUCGGUUGAUGCAUUCCGGAAGAUCUUGAGAUUGGAAGGGGUCAAGGGUCUGUACAAGGGCUUCGGGCCUGCCAUGGCCCGUAGUGUGCCAGCUAAUGCGGCGUGCUUCCUGGCGUAUGAAAUUACUCGGUCAAGUUUGGGGUGAUUGUCAGGGUUAUUUUUUUAAAAAUUGGAUGUUGCAGUCUUUGGAUUGCUUUCUUUUUCCUGCUUGAUUUUUUUUUUUUCUGAUUCUUGAAGGUUUUUAAUGAACUUUGUUAAUAUCUUAAUCGUUUAAUUCAGAAGGUUAAUUUUCAUUUGGAUUGGAUGGGGUUCAUGAAAUGUGUUACCAAUCUUUUGCUUAGACUUGGAAGUGAUUUUUGUUGUGAUUCUCUUGUAUAUAUUUUUUUUUUUCUUAUAUCCUCCUUAUAUCUUUGAAUUUAGUAUGCAGAGUUCAGCCAUUGAUGACAUAGUUUCAUCAUAUGUGGAGUGUU